CCAGUUUCAUGUGUUUGGAGUUAACCUAACAUAUUUUUUAAUAUUCACAUUCUAGAGAAAGAGAUCAAUAAUAAUUUUAAUUUUAAAAUAGACCUAAGUGAUUAUUUAUUGUUAGAACUACAGAGUUGUUAUAAAUUGCGGUUUAUUUAUGGGAAUUUUUCCUGUAAAUGUAUUUUACAGGGGAGCCAAUAUAAUAAAAUUAAGAUUUCAAAUACAGGCGGCAAAAAAAACAACACUAUGGCAGAAAAUGCUGCUAAUUUCACAUUCACGUUUCAAAAUAAGCCGAGCAUAUUUGAAAUUAUCGCUCAGAAAUCUUUAAAUGAUACGUUACAUCCAGCGUUACAAAAAAUCGCCUUGUUUUUAGCCAACAAUUUUCCACAAAAAUUCAACUGGUUAAAUAAGUAUUAUGAAGAAGCCUUUCUUGUUUUAAAUGGACUGCUACAGUACCAUUACCUAAAAUACUAUGAUGCUUCGUUCUCUGAAAACUUUUACGGUUUAAAAAGAGUCGUAGCUGAUAAUGGAAAACUGACGAAACGUCACAAGGAGCUAUCGUUGAUAUUUCUAGUUGCUUUGCCAUAUUUCAAAAGGAAAAUGGAGGAGAAAAUAGCCGUAAUCAGGAUAGAAAAUGCUGAAGGAUAUCUAAGACAGGAUUUGGAAGGAAUGCUAAAGAAACUAGUACUAUUCUCACAUUCCACGGUGGAAGUUGGUUGGGGUAUAAUUUUAUUACACAAUUACUUAAAAUACAUGUCAAAUCAAACGGAAGUCCAAACGCCAAUUUUAAAUCUCAUAGAUGUAAAGUUGACGUAUUCUCUAGACCAGCAAGAUAUUCCAAGUUUUUGGUCUGCGCUUUUCAAAGGGAACUUGAGUAUAUCGGAACUAAGUUUUGGGCUUGUAAAGAAUGCGUUAACUACUUUUCUGGAGGUGACGGCAUUUUUCCUGCAAUUCUUGCAGUCGUGGAACACGCACAAGUCAAAUUUUAACUUUACGGAUUUACCGUUGGUUCCACCGCCACCUGUGGACAAUAAGGCGAAAAAUUACCGUAACAAAUGUCCCAUUUGCCUCAAACCAUGGCUAAUACCUACUGUUCUUCCGGUAUCUGGAUACAUAUUCUGCUUCCGUUGCAUUCUGAGGCACCUGAGCGAAAAUCAGUGUUGUCCAGUAACAAACUUACCUGCCAAACCGUUGGAUAUCGUUAGGUUGUACGUCAGUUAACACCGUUUAUCAUUGAAAUAAAACACUUUUUUACUGUU